AUGAAAUACGGUAACUGUGUAGGAUACGGAUUAGCAGGGAAUUAUUCAACUAACGAUGGUAAUAUGACUGUAUUUGAGGUGUCUAAUGCGGUAAAAACUGAUGAAACACCUGUGGACAAUCUUACUUCGGUGCUCAAUGCUAUAGAAAUCGAAUCACUUUGUCUUCGAAUGCACAACAAUACGGCGUUUAUGGGCAUUCAACCGUUUACACGUCUUAUGCUCUAUUCAGCUAGUGAAUGUCGCCGGAACUGUGUUGAUUUGUAUCCGAAAUGUGUCGCAGUAAUGUUUUACUAUCUACAUGAACGGGAGAAAAAUCAUAUCUGUUAUCUAUUUAGCAAAAAUAGCAUUGAUGAAGAUGUUGCUUUGGUACCAGAAAAACCGAUGAAAAAGUUAGAUAUGAUACGAUCGUUGGAAAUUGUAGCCGAUUGCCAUCAAUUCGAUCCUUUUCCACCGCUCUUCACUGAUUUCACGACCUCUACUGAUGGAGUGUCAAAAAAGAAACGAGAUGUUGGCUAUGAUAGGCCAAUUGAAACUACUGGACCCUGGUCAGCAUGGUCUGAAUGUUCGACACGAUCAGGACGACAAGUUCGAUCGCAACUCUGUGAAUAUGGCCGAAACAUUCAGCGCCGACGAUGUUCCAGCAGCGCUUCUCAUCAUGCAUUAGGUUACGGUGUUAAAAUUACUAGCUAUGCUCCAAGUAUCGAUAUCAGUAUAUCGUAUCCACCGUAUCCAUAUCAGCACCCUGAUGUCAGUUCUGAUGAAUAUAAGAGAAUAAUGAGUGCACACAGUAAACAAAUGGCACAAUCAUGCUGCUACUGGCAAGAUUAUUUUCGGCAAAAAACAAAUCUGGCCAAUGGUCACAAAAUGCAGAUUCAACAACAACUUGGAGUUAGAGAUGGUUGUCCAACAACAUGUUCAACUUCUACCCAAUCGAAACUUCAACCACUACCUUAUAGUCAACCGCAACCCCAAGCACCAGUUUAUGGUCCGCAACCCCAACUACCAGUUUAUGGUCCGCAACCUCAACCAUCAGUUUAUGGUCUGCAACCCCAAGCACCAGUUUAUGGUCCGCAACCCCAAGCACCAGUUUAUGGUCCGCAACCCCAAGCACCAGUUUAUGGUUCGCAACCCCAAGUACCAGUUUAUGGUCCGCAACCUCAAUUACCAGCUGAUGUUCAGGCACCAAUAAGCGUAUGGUCAAGUUGGUCAGAAUGGUCAUUUUGUUCUGCGACAUGUGGAAUUGGUAUGAUACAGCGAUAUCGUAUUUGUAAUACAGGACAAUGUAAGGGUGAAAAUGUUGAGUGGCGUACAUGUCACCAAACUGUCCCAUGUGUAGCAAGCUGGGCUGACUGGACGUCAUGGAGUAGUUGCAGUGCAACAUGUGGAAUGGGUGAGAAGACACGAUCACGUUACUGUUAUCUUGGUGCGAAUUACUGUACCGGCUCCGAUCACGAAGUAACACCAUGUGAAACGGCACCAUGCCCAGGAUGGGGUCAGUGGGAGUCAUGGUCAUAUUGUUCAGUAACAUGCGGUACUGGUAUCAAAAGGCGCACACGUAUUUGCAAUGGCGAUAAAUGCAUUGGAGACACUUACCAAGAAACUCACUGUUACCAAGAACAAUGUGAGGGCUGGUCUGAAUGGCAAGAAUGGUCAGCUUGUUCGGUGUCAUGCGGAGAAGGGGUCAUCAUUAGGGAACGUGUUUGCAUGGGGCGUAAUUGCAUCGGUGAAAGUAGUGAGCAGAAUAUAUGCGUGGAGGAAGCGUGCUCAACGUGGCAAGAAUGGGGUGAAUGGUCGACAUGUUCAGCAAAGUGUAAUUUCGGGAUAUCAACGCGAAGGCGUUUAUGUCAUGGGAUUUUCUGUCCCGGAAAGCGAAUGGAAGUAAUGCCAUGUCAUGCCGGUCGAUGCGCAAUGUGGUCAACAUGGCAAGAAUGGUCCGAGUGCUCGGUAACAUGUGAUAGCGGAAUACAACAGCGAUAUCGCAACUGCAUCGGUGACAAUUGUAUGGGAAGUACUGAGGAUAUAAAGUAUUGUGAAACUGGAAUAAGUUGUCCACAAUGGACAAAAUGGACAGCAUGGUCAAGAUGUAGUCACGAUUGUGGAAUUGGUGAACGAGUACGAUAUCGAGAAUGUUCCUCGGCGGGUGAACCAACUGAUAGUUGUGAAGGUCAAAAAUCGGAAACUGCGGUAUGCCUGGAACGAUUAUGCUGUGAGUGGACUGCUUGGACAAGUUGGACACCGUGUAGCCAUAUGUGCGGUACCGGACGUAGCUCACGGACAAAAAUGUGCUUAAGACUUGGCUAUGAACAGGAUGAUUCCAGCUGCACUGGUCAAUGUUACGGUAAUUCUCGUGAGGAUAAGACUUGCAGUGAGCAAAUAUCUUGUGCAACACCUACCUAUCCACCAGUAUGCGUUCGGGUAACCGGCUACACACCGGGUUUACCUAGUACUGCUGUUGCACCUAGUACAGAUGGAUCUUGUCCACCUGGUUAUGUUCUUGCUCCUGGUCUCUCUGGUUAUAUUCCUACAUCUAUUACACCUGGUUAUACUCCUACAUCUAUUACACCUGGUUAUAUUCCUGCAUCUAUUACAUCAGGUUACACUCCUGGAAUAAGUGCUUCUGGUUACGUUUCAGCACCUGAUACACCAGAUUACACUGUUGUGCCAACUGCUGCCGGUUACGUUCCUUCACCAAGUGUUCCUGGUUACUUCCCUCCACCUUCAACAUCUGGUUACCCUGCUGCACCAGGAGUUUCUGGAUAUGUUUUUGUGCCUGGCACGCCAGAUUACGUUGUUGCAUCAUAUGCUCCUGGUUACGUUACACUACCAAGUGCUCCCGGUUACGUUCUUCCCCGAAGUGCUCCUGGUUACUUUCUUACACCUUCCGGUUACGCUAUGCCAGCCGGUAUAUUUAUCGAAGUUAGAUGUCAUUGGGCUGAAUGGUACCAAUGGUCGGCAUGCGAAAAAACAUGUUAUCAUCACGUCAAACGUCGAACCAGGCAUUGUAUCGGCGAAGAUGAGUGCAUGUGUAGUGGUGAUGCACAGGAGGAGAUAAAUUGCUUAUUGCCACCGGAAUGCAAAAUUUAA